UUUUUUUAGAGAGAGGAGAGAAAAAGAAACAAAGUUGUAUAAAGGAGAGGCUGGUGGCAGAGUGUAGAGGAGUAGCAUAUGGCUGUAAAAGGAGCACAGCUGGAGGUAGCAUUUCCAUCUGAACAUGAUGUCAGAGCAGCUGACAGGCUGCCAUCCCCCAGUCUUUUAUUCUAAUGCACAGACUGGGAGUUAGUGUGUGUGCGGAUCUGUGUUCAGGAGGAGGUAUCUCAUUCCCCUCCAACAUCUCCUCCACUUUGCAUCUGUCUUCCACAGUUUGCAUUUUUUUUUCUCCUACCCCCUCAUUGAUUCUGCAAAAAAGCUGCAGCCGGCCCAGCUUUUCUACUACAGUGGACUUAAUCAAGUUGAUGCAUACUGCAGGUUAUGAAGACAUCAUGGAGUUCCCAGACCACAGCAGACAUUUGCUACAGUGUCUGAGUGAGCAGAGGCAUCAGGGUUUCCUUUGUGAUUCCACUGUGCUGGUCGGCGAUGCCCAGUUCCGGGCCCAUCGAGCAGUGCUGGCUUCAUGCAGCAUGUACUUCCAUCUCUUUUACAAGGACCAGCUGGACAAAAGGGACAUUGUUCAUCUGAACAGCGACAUUGUUACAGCCCCGGCGUUUGCUCUCCUGCUGGAGUUCAUGUACGAGGGGAAGCUCCAGUUCAAAGCCCUGCCCGUGGAGGAUGUGCUGGCUGCAGCCAGCUUCCUCCACAUGUACCACAUUGUCAAGGUCUGCAAGAAGAAGCUGAAGCACAAAGCCACUGCGGAGGCAGACAGCACCAAGAAGGAGGAGGACGCUUCCAGCUGCUCUGACAAACUAGAGAGCUUCUCCGAGGGCAGCACGGGCCAACCAGCCACAGCUGACCUAUUGCCCAGUGACGAUGAGGACCUGGAGUCCAAGCAGGACCCCAGUAGCCUGUGGAUAAGGCUACCCACUGACCGGGCAGGCACCCCGGCCACUGCCACCAGCCCAGGGGAAGAUGACGCCCAUGGCAGUCCCCCCAAGCUGCAAUCGCCAACUGGCAGCCCCAGCAGCUCUAUAGGCUCCCUGUCCCGGAGGUCUGUGGGCUCCCGUGGCUCCCGCAGAGUGUCGUCGGAUGCAGACUGUGUCCUGGACUUGUCUGUGAAGUCCAGCCUGACUGGGCCCAGCGAGGCCUUGUCCAAUAACCCUUACUUCUGUGGUGUGGUGAUACCAGAUAGCCUGCAGGGCACCCUGGUCCAGGUGAAGCAGGAGAAGAACACGGGCUCAGACCAUGAGGACCUGGUGAGUGGUGACUACGAGAUGGACCACAGCGGGCCCAAAGCCACCCCUCCCAGAACCAACGGAGGUCUGAACCACCACUUGGUCAGCAGCCAUGCUCACAGACGCCUGGAGGCCCACCUGUCAGCCCUGCGUGAUGCCACCCUGGCCAGUGAACUGGAGCGUGACGACAAGGUCAGCAAUAAUGACAUGCUGGGCGGAGAGAGUGAGAGGGCCCAGGUUGAGACGGCCAGCAUCGACAGCACCCUGCUGCCCUACGUGUCCAAUAUGCUGAACGCCCCUCACACUCAGAUCUUCAUGUGCCCGCUGUGCAACAAGGUGUUUCCCAGUCCGCACAUCCUCCAGAUCCACCUCAGCACACACUUUCGCGAGCAGGAGGGUGUGCGCGCCAAGCCCGCCAGCGACAUCAACGUGCCCACCUGCUCCAUCUGUGGCAAGACGUUCUCCUGCAUGUACACCCUGAAGCGCCACGAGCGGACUCACUCUGGAGAGAAGCCAUACACAUGCACCACGUGCGGUAAGAGCUUCCAGUACUCUCACAACCUGAGCCGGCACGCCGUGGUGCACACCCGAGAGAAGCCGCACGCCUGCAAGUGGUGCGAGCGGCGCUUCACCCAGUCCGGGGACCUGUACCGCCACAUCCGCAAGUUCCACUGCGAACUGGUCAACUCGCUCUCUGUCAAGAGUGAAGGCCUCAACCUACCCACCCUCCACAGGGACUGGGCCAUAGAGGAUAGUUCUCAAGAACUGUGGAAGUGAAGCCUGCUGAAAUAAUCAGGACUCCUUUGUUUUUAAGCUAAAUGAGAGAGGUGUCAGUGAAGGUUGGGCAGAGAGGUAAGGGAGUUGGAGCACGGGUUGUGGGUAGGAGAGGGGUCUGAUUUAGUCAUGUUUCUUGUACAUUACAACAUCUGGUUAAAUGGCACUUUAAUAGAACAUGAAGAUGUUACUACUGUUUUCAGUUCCAGUCCUUUGUUCUGUUCUCAUCUUUUAUUUGUUCAAUAUAAAAAAACAUGGGCGCUGGUAUCAACAGCCAGUGUUAUGUCAUCUUCUUGUGUAUAGAUACACUCCUUAAUCUAAGGCACACCUUCAACGACAACCAUAUGAAGUGUUCAGGUAACACACUGACGUUGAAGAUUAUUAGAAUACACUAAACGGGUACUGCUCAUCAAUUUAUACCAGUACACAUAUGUGUGUGUGUAUUAAUAUGUGUGUAUAUAGUGCACUAUAUUUUUAUUAUCAAAUUUCAUUGGUGUGUGUGUGCGUUUGCGUGUGUGUGUUUAAGGAAACUGGAAAGAGGUCUGCUCUAACAAGCCUCUGCUCCUUAAGCUCUUGACUGAUGAAAGACAUAUGGCACUCAUGCAAUGUACAGCUUCCUUUUUCACAUGAAUUCAAGUAUUUUCAAAAAUUCUUUAUGAAUGAUUAUUAUACAAUUUCUUAAAUCUGCUGCCUUUAAACAUCCCUUUAAUUUCAUUUGGCUGUAUCCUAUAGGUUUCUGUAGUGAUUAUGGAUUUAUUUUUGGAAAAUGGGAUCUGAUAUUGCAUGAAGUCCAACCUGUAUAUUUGAAAUGUGAAUUACUGUAUAACUGUACACUGUAAUUGAGCAAAUAUAGAACAGACUAUGUGAAUAUCCAAGGGUGCAGUUGGUUAAGAAACCCGGAAUAUUCCAGUUAUGGAAAAUGCAUGAAUAUGAUUUUGAUUAUUAUUAUUUUUUUUUUGGGGGGGGGGGGGGGGGGGGUGUAUUCUAAAUUAACUUAUUUCAUUCUUAAGUAGUUUAUUUAUUUUCUCUGCUCCUUUUGAGAGUCUGUCGGGACUCCUUUGAAAUGUUCUUCUGGGCUGUGAAGAUAUUGUGUCAAUGCACUGGUCUUGGGUUUGAGUUUGGUGAAGUUUGUCUUCAGACUGACAGAGGUGGCAGUGUGGGCUGAAUGACAGUAGUGACCUAACUAAUCUACUGAAGAUCUCCUCUACUGUGUUUGCCUCCCGCCCACACAGUACUUCAUCACAGUCUACUCUGCUGCAUGGUGGUCAAGGAGUUAAGGUUCCCAACUACUGUAGCUAUAUCCAGUUAACAUUCUGCUUUGGUAUUUUCUGCUUUCUCAUCGACAUUAAGUAAGCAUUGUGGGUAAUUUAUUUAUAUUUUUAUUUGACACUUGUUUCUAACUGUGCGGCCAAUGAGAAUGUUUCGCACUGAUCUAUGAGAGAGAUGCUCACCUGCUCAUACCUGAGUACUCCUGAAGGUUAUUUGUUUCAAUAGUAAAGCCUGAGUACUCCUGAAGGUUAUUUGUUUCAAUAGUAAAGCCUGAGUACUCCUGAAGGUUAUUUGUUUCAAUAGUAAAGCCUGAGUACUCCUGAAGGUUCUUUCUGUUUCAACAGUGAAGCCUGAGUACUCCUGAAGGUUCUUUCUGUUUCAACAGUAAAGCCUGAGUACUCCUGAAGGUUCUUUCUGUUUCAACAGUAAAGCCUGAGUACUCCUGAAGGUUCUUUCUGUUUCAACAGUAAAGCCUGAGUACUCCUGAAGGUUCUUUCUGUUUCAACAGUAAAGCCUGAGUACUCCUGAAGGUUCUUUCUGUUUCAACAGUAAAGCCUGAGUACUCCUGAAGGUUCUUUCUGUUUCAACAGUAAAGCCUGAGUACUCCUGAAGGUUCUUUCUGUUUUAAAUGGUAAAAGCUGAAGAAUCAGAGAGCAGCACUACACGCUCCUAAUUUGAAUGUCUGCGUGUAUCUGUUUGAGUGCUCCUAUGUACGUACUGUAUGUAUGUACAUGUGCGUGUUUUGUACUGAAAGCGUAAUCCUUACUUUUGAAGGGGGAGAAUUGGCAUGCUUGAUUGCACCAUUAAAGCUUAUUUAACUGAGAUUUAUUGCUGAAAAUAUGCCUUUAUGAAAAUUACAGUUAUAAAUUAUAGAUUCACGAAAUCAUGGAUACUAUUACAUUCAAGAGGAGAUGUAUUUAAUCGUGAAAUGAUUGAGUUAACCUUAAUAUUAUAAUAUCUAAUUUUCAUUUGAACUGUUCUUUAUUUCAAUAUUUUAUUUUGGAUUUUUCACAUUUCUAGGAAUGUGAACAUUCUGAGAAAAAAUCUGCACUCAAAAAAUGUUUGUGCACAAAAAUCAUGGAAUCAAUCAAUCGAACAAAAGCAAAAGUUGAACUCUACACAAACUAAGUUGUUAUUAGUAUGGUUAUGAAUGUCUGCACAUUGGCAUGUCUGGCAUGUCCACACUGGUCCGGGGGUUUGGUUUGCUCUUCAGUGGACGUGGUGGUGGCAGCAUCAGCUGGUGACAUGGGUGCUCCUUGCCAACUGCACACACUCAUGGCAUUUUGCACAGUGGUAAUUGAUCUCUUUGCAUCCAUGGAAAAUAUAUCAUAUGUGAGUUAGCUCUCUGUUUGAAGACUUAUUUACAAUUAUUGCUGACUUCUUAUUGUACUUGACCGCCUUAAACUACUGUAAACAGCUUGGUUUAUUUUCACGUUAUCACUGGAACACUGAAAGUCUGUGUAACUGGACUGUCUAUUGACCUUUUUGAAAUGGAAAGGAAGCUGUGAAAUGAUCCAAUAAGCAUCUCCGUUUACAUCAAUCCAACUUUGGUUACUUGAAAACAGGAAAGAGCCAAUGGGGGAAAAAACGUUCAAAUGUAGACGACAAUGAAGAGAGGGGAGGGGGAAAUAGAAAGAAAUUGGUUGAAAAGGACAAUCACUGUCUGAAAAAUAAGCAGAUUUUGAUUCAAAUAUAUUUGCUUCCCUGUGAGAUUUGGUUUAUUUUUCUGGAUUUAAGCAUUUAGCUUUGACAAUCAUAGUAUGUUUUGUUUUUUUCUCAAGGGGAGUAAAUUCUAAGGCUGUUUAGUUUUGUACUUUUUUGGUGUGCUGUUGUUGAAAUUUUUAAAUUGUGUGCAAACUGCAAUAAAUUAUAAGAACCUUAAAACUCAACUC